AUGCUCUCGACUCAAGAUCUCCCCCGCCGCUUUGUCACCGCUGCUUCAUCGGCUUUGUCACUGUUGUCCAGUCUUCGACAAGCUCGUUCUGACGGGUUUCCCACCACAUCCCAAAGUUCCACUCGAUCUGCUCACCCCGAGGAGCCUGCUAAACAAUUCGUCAACGGCCACGACGAGUACCGGAACCAGCGAUUCAAGAUUGUGAAUCGAAUUGUGAAGGGACCCUGGAUGGUGAAGACGAUUGGGGAUCACAGCGCAUGCCUGUUGGGGAAGGCACUCACCGUCAAUUACCACAAGGAACCGAAGUAUUUGGAGAUCAAUGCUGAUAUCGCGAGCUCGACAAUCACGACGGCGAUCCUACAUGCUACCUUGGAGGCACAGGAGGAGGAGCUGCCCGAGAGCGCAUGCCUGUUGGGGAAGGCACUCACCGUCAAUUACCACAAGGAACUGAAGUAUUUGGAGAUCAAUGCUGAUAUCGCGAGCUCGACAAUCACGACGACGAUCCUACAUGCUACCUUGGAGGCACAGGAGGAGGAGCUGCCCGAGAGGUUGAUUAGCACGAUGAGGGUUUGUCAGAUGGAGAUGCCCGACAUGCUACCUUCGACCUCUUCCCUUGUCGUCUCCUUAUCGAUUGAGGAUCUCACAGCGGAACGAACACGAGAAUGGUUCACUAUGACAAAAUCCCCAUUUAGAGAGACCAACGGGAAUGAGUUCUACAAUAGGAAUGGAAAGAGAGUAGUGGAAGAAGAAGUUGGGCUGACCAGAUUCAUUUUCGCUGGCAGGAUU